AUGUCGUUCACACUUGAAAAGAAACAAGCAAAAGCUUAUCCUUUUCGCGCAAAGGGAAGCACCUUGCUUGCCAAAGACGCCCAAGACUUAACCAUUGUGUACAACAAAUUCAAAUCUAAUUUUCCACGUCCCAAUCCAGAGUCCCAAUUGACCUUUAAUUUGGUUUUUUGUCACGGGACUGGGUUUAAUAAAUCAGUAUGGACAUACCUCAUAAAACAGUUGUACAAGCUUUCACAAUCUCACCAAGUACCUUGGUUUUUGGACACUGUUCUUGCUAUUGACGCUAUUGGUCAUGGUGAUACAAGUUUGGCAAAUGAAGGGAAAUUGGGUUGUGUUUAUAUGUGGGAUGAUGGCUCAAAGGACGUUAUUGAGGUUGUCAAGCACGAACUAGCAACCACAGGAGACAUGAAGAACGAUUUUGAGUCGAGAAACCUUAUUGUUGGUCAUUCCAUGGGUGGAUUUACCGCCUUGUAUGCAACUUUUUUGGAGCCGGCUUUGUUUGACUCAGUUGUGGCAAUAGAACCAGUCAUUUACGGAACACCAGAAUCUGAACAAAGAUUCAUGAAGCUGUUGAAAAAGUUGGUUGGCAUUAUGUUAGAUUCCUUUGAUACUGAACAAGAUGCUAGAGAUUAUUUCGAGAAAUACUCAUUUACUAAGCGUUUCCAGUCUGAAGUAUUACAAGAUUACAUUGCUGAUGAAAUUUACAAGACAAAGAAUGCGGAAGGAAAAGAUGUGUAUAAGACCAAGUGUCUGAAAGUGAGUCAAUUGACAACUUAUUUGAGUCCCCGUAUGGCUAUGCAAAAGGGUAUGCUUAUUUUGCCAUUGAUCAGAGUUCCUGUUUUCCAUGUUAUCGGCGGCGCAGCUAAUUGGAACGUAAGAGAGAGUAUCACCUGGAUUCGUACCAGCAUCAGAUCGGAUAUGUUGGCUGGUGCUAUUGAAAUCAAAGACGGACAACAUUUGGUGAAUUCUGAACAGCCAGAUGAUGUGGUUAAGAUCAUCAGAGAGUCAAUGACGAAACGUGACGAGGAAUACAAAAAGAAGAGGUCUAUGAUUCCUGAAAUUGCUUUGAAUGGAGACAAAAAUGCCAUUCGCGACCAGCAAUACAAGCUGAUUUUAAAUCUCGACAUGGACCACGUAUAUGGUUACGAUGCCGCAAACCACGUUCCAUUUCAAUUGAUUGAUAAGAAAUCCAAAUUGUAG